GUAUCACAUCCAAAUUCCAAAACCAAUAGCAACACAAAGGGAAAAAAAAAAAGCAUUCCCCCUAUAUAUAGUUUCAUAUACAAUUGUCUUUUGUAAUCCUAAAACGAUGGCAAUGCUCAAGAACAAGAACAUAACCUUCUCAUUGAUCUUGAUGUGUCUUAUUGUGGUGUCUCCAAUGGCGAAGGCUCAGAUUGGUGGGCUUGGUGGACUUGGUGGGCUUCUCGGCCUUCUCAAUGUCAUCAAUAUCCAAGGGCUUGUCAGGUGCUCUAUCAGUGGCACCGUCUCUACCAGUAAUGCCACUUCCGUUCCUCCUUUCCCUAAUGCGGGCAUUGUGCUCCGGUGUGCUGGGCAAAAUGUUUCAAUUACGACUACGAACGCUGCUGGAAUAUUCUCGUUGCCUACAACCCAACUUUUGAAUGUGCUUCCUACACUCCUCUCUGGCGGCUGCAACAUCCUCGUCACGACCCCUCUCUCCACCUGCAACGCCAGCCUCCCUACAAGCGGAAGCCUCACCGCACCGUUAAACAUCGUCGGAAGCAACUUUGCCGGCGGCCUCAACAUCAUCGAAAUCGUCUCUGGCCUCUUCAGUUUAGUCCCUUAACUGAUUCCAGACCGACCAUGUCACAUGUGUGCUUUUAUGUUCGAUUACGGUGUCUUUUCCUUCUGUUUUUAAGUGUCAUGACCAAUAACGUUUGCUAGCGAAUGCAUGAAUAAGGUCUAAAUAAGGUUUAUGUCUCUAUCUUCAAAGUAUCUCUGUUGUAACUUCUUGUUUCCAUGGUCUUAAUUUGCAUGCAUAAUGCUGCAAUCAAAUGUAAUAAAAUGAAAUUAAAUCAUUUCUCUUUUUAUA